CUCAAAAAAAAAAAGAGCGUAUCCGAAAUAAAAAAAGAAGUAACAACCCAUGGCGCUUCUGCAGGGGCCCAGCCGCGUUCUCUAGUUUCUCGUGCGCGCGCCGCCGUCGGCGGAAGCUGCCGCCGGCUCCGUCUCUUCGCCCCCGCCCCGCCCGGCGUGUAAUCUCAGACCUAACCUAACCUAACCUAACCUAACCAGACUGCCAGAGUAACUCCCCGCGCGCGCGCACCCGAGCCCCCUGUUCUGGUGAUUGGUGAAGACCUUGUCGGAGACCGCAGCGAUGUCGGCCGCGGCGGGGACGCCACCGGAAGGCGGAGGGGAUCGGCCGUGGCAGUCUUACCAUACCGCAUACACCAACGCCAAAGCUGGAAUGGAGGGUGUUGACAAAGAGAAGGUGCAGAAGGUAAUCUAUGAAAUGAGCAAGGGCUCAAAAUAUUUCGAAAAUGAGCAGAGGAAGGAGGCAGUGACCAAACAAAAGAUUGAACAUCUCCGUGCACAAUGUGCAGCAUUGACUGAUAAUGACAUAUCACAUUUUCAGAAGGUUGCUGAGAAGAAAAUGUUAGAGUUGGAAGCUUCACGAGAUCUUUCAAAGAUAUGGCUUCACACUGACAUGGAUGCCUUUUAUGCUGCUGUUGAGACAUUGGAGAAUCCAUCCUUGAAGGGAAAACCCUUGGCGGUUGGUAGCAUGUCUAUGAUAGCUACUGCCAGUUAUGAGGCACGUAAGUUUGGAGUGCGUGCAGCGAUGCCUGGUUUUAUUGGAUGCAAACUGUGUCCUGGCUUGGUUUUUGUCCGACCAAACUUUGAGAGAUAUACUCACUAUAGCGAGCUGACAAGAAAAGUUUUCCAGAGGUAUGAUCCCAAUUUCAUUGCAACAAGUCUAGAUGAAGCAUACCUCAACAUAACAAAUGUUUGCAUUGAGAGAGGCAUUACAGGCGAGGAGGUUGCUACUGAACUUAGGUCUGCCAUUUACCAGGAAACUGGUCUAACAUGUAGUGCUGGGGUUGCUCCAAACCGUAUGAUUGCAAAGGUUUGCUCUGAUAUUAACAAGCCCAAUGGGCAGUUUAUUUUGCCAAAUGACCGGGAAGCUGUAUUGACAUUUGUAUCUACAUUGCCUAUAAGAAAGAUAGGUGGCAUAGGUAAGGUCACAGAACAGAUGUUACGUCAGGUUCUUGGAAUCAGUACAUGCCAGGAGAUGCUGCAAAAGGCUGCUUUUUUGUGUGCUCUUUUUUCGGAAGGCUCAGCUGAUUUCUUUCUAUCGGUUGGUCUUGGGUUAGGAGGUACAGAAACCCCGGAGCAAAGGCAAAGGAAAAGUAUCAGUUGCGAGCGAACUUUCGCAGCAACAAAUGAUUCUUCUUUGCUUUUCGAAAAAUUAGAUAGCCUUGCAGAAAAUUUGACUGAUGAUCUGCAAAAGGAGGGUUUGAAGGGAAAGACACUAACACUCAAACUGAAGACUGCAGAUUUUGAGGUUCGUACAAGGGCAGUAACUACACGGAACUACAUCAACUCCAAGGAAGAUAUCCUGGUCUAUGCUACAAAGUUGCUUAAGGCUGAAAUGCCUCUUUCUUUGAGACUGAUGGGGUUGCGGAUGUCUCAGCUACAUGAUGAGAAGGAUGAUCCAUCUACUUCAACACAAAAGACACUAGAUAUAUUUUUUCGUUCAUCAAACGGUAACUCAAAUGUCAAUGGAAAUGUUCAGAGAAUCACUAAUACCUCUGGGCAGGAUAAUGAUUCUAUUAGUCUCACAACAAAGGAAUACUUGGUACCUGAUGCUGGAACAGGUGUUUCCACAGAUCAACAGGAUUUCUUCCUACAUGAUGAGAGCUGUUUUAUUCCCGAACAAAGGAGUUUUGGCAAUCAUAGUAAUGAGGCUGUCAUAAGCAAGCCGUUGGGUGGAACAAAGUUAGAUGAUGUGUCUUCCAGUGCAAAGGUUGCGCCUGCUGAGAAGUUGAAUGAACCUGAUAACUUGAUCAGUCCGAAGGCUGUGGCUUCAUCAAGCAAACCUGAUCAGCAAUCAUGGAUUGAUGGCUACAUUUGUUCCAUUUGUGGAUUUGAACUACCUCCAGGCUUUGAGGAGGAGAGACUAGAACAUUCAGAUUUUCACUUGGCUGAAACACUCCAGCAGGAAGAAGCAGUGGACGGUACAAGACACAUCUCAAAUGAGAGGCUGGCUGACAGAGAGAGACCAUGCUCAACUACACCCACACCCAAGAAGAAACUGAAGUCUUCUAAAGAAGGAAAACAUAUUCCGAUUGACGCUUUCUUCACAAAGUGUAAUAAGAACUUUAUCCAGUGCUUGUACCUGUCAGUCCGCCCGCCAGCUGCACGUGGUCAGAAAAAUUCAGCAAGCACUGGAGAGCGAGAGCAAGAGCGAACUAGGGGAGGAAGGGGGAAGACGGCAAUCAUGCACAGCGGCGUCGACGCUCGGCCGGGACCCCUCCUCCCCCUCCCAGGCGCAUCACCAGCUCCCUGCUCCGGCCGCCGCGUCCCAUGGCCGCGGUCGGGGUUAGGGGCUGCGCUGCGGCGGCCAAAGAACCUCCACGGCCGCCUCCGCUUCGAGCCCCUCCCCGCCGGCGACCUCUGCAAGUGGGCCCACCGUGAGAAGCUACGUGUUGCUGUGCUUGUAUCGAAGUCCACGCUGCAGAGCGAACAUGGUGUUUCACUUCAGAAUGGGCGUGUUGUCCCAGAAGGUGUCAAAGCUGCUGGGUUUCAGAUCUCUGCCGAUGACCUAGCAUCAGUUGUUGAAAAUCGUGACGCUGAAAAAUUGACUGCGCAUGGCCAGCUGGAUGGGAUCGCAGACAAGUUGGCGACGUCAUUAGCUGAUGGAAUCACCACAGAUGAGUGCAGCCUGAAUCAACGGCAGGACAUGUAUGGAGUGAACAAGUUCACGGAGAGUGAGGUCCGCAGCUUAUGGGAGUUUGUGUGGGAGGCAUUGCAAGAUACUACUCUUGUAAUUCUUCUAGCAUGUGCCCUUGUAUCUUUUGUCGUUGGCGUUGCCACGGAAGGAUGGCCAAGUGGUGCCCAUGAUGGCAUUGGAAUUUUUACAAGUAUCCUCUUGGUUGUUUCUGUUACCGCGACGAGCAAUUAUCAGCAGUCUUUGCAAUUCAGGGAUCUGGACAAAGAGAAAAGGAAAAUUUCUAUUCAGGUUACCAGAGAUGGGUUUAGACAAAGGAUAUUGAUAGAUGAUCUUCUUCCUGGUGAUGUUGUCCACCUAGCUGUUGGAGAUCAGGUUCCUGCAGAUGGCCUCUUUAUUUCAGGGUAUUCUGUAUUGAUCAACGAGUCCAGCCUAACUGGUGAGAGUGAACCUGUUGUCAUAAAUGAAGAUAACCCUUUUCUUUUGUCAGGGACUAAAGUCCUAGAUGGGUCAUGCAAAAUGCUGGUUACAGCAGUAGGGAUGCGAACACAGUGGGGUAAACUAAUGGCUGCCAUCACUGAAAGUGGGGAUGAUGAAACUCCACUGCAGGGUAAACUAAAUGGAGUUGCAAAUACUAUUGGAAAUAUCGGUCUGUUUUUUGCCCUUUUAACUUUUGUUAUCCUCUCGCAAGGGUUAGUGGCCCAGAAAUACGCUGAUGGGCUUCUUUUAAGCUGGUCUGGAGAAGAUGUACUGGAGAUACUGGAACAUUUUUCCAUUGCAGUCACAAUUGUUGUUGUUGCGGUUCCUGAGGGAUUGCCUUUAGCAGUGACAUUGAGCCUUGCAUUUGCAAUGAAGAAGAUGAUGAAUGAGAAGGCACUGGUACGACAGUUAGCUGCCUGUGAAACUAUGGGCUCAGCCACUGUCAUCUGCAGUGAUAAGACAGGAACUCUUACAACUAAUCGCAUGUCUGUCAUGAAGGCCUGCAUAUGUGGAAACAUCAUGGAAGUGACCAAUCCACCAGUGCUUUCAAGUUUUUCUUCCAAACUCCCAGAAUUUGCUUUGCAAAUUCUUCUGGAAUCCAUUUUUAACAACACUGCUGGUGAAGUGGUGAUUAACCAAGAUGGGAACUGUCAGAUACUAGGGACCCCAACUGAGGCUGCUUUGUUGGAUUUUGCAUUGUCAAUAGGUGGUGACUUCAAAGAAAAACGGCAGGAAACUAAGAUUGUUAAAGUCGAGCCUUUUAAUUCAACAAAAAAGAGGAUGAGCACCAUUCUCGAGCUUCCUGGUGGAGGUUACCGUGCACAUUGUAAAGGUGCUUCAGAAGUAGUCUUGGCUGCCUGUGAUAAAUUCAUAGAUGCCAGAGGUACUAUUGUUGCACUUGAUAAAACAGCUACAAAGAAACUCAGUGACAUCAUCGAAACCUUUUCUAAAGAAGCACUCAGGACACUCUGCCUUGCUUAUCGGGAAAUGGAUGAUAGCUUUUCCAUUGAUGAGCAAAUACCGCUACAAGGAUACACAUGCAUUGGUAUUGUUGGGAUCAAAGAUCCUGUUCGUCCAGGUGUCAGGCAGUCUGUGGCAACUUGCCGGUCUGCUGGCAUUGAGGUUCGAAUGGUUACAGGAGACAACAUAAAUACAGCAAAGGCAAUUGCUCGUGAAUGCGGUAUACUUACUGAGGAUGGUAUUGCCAUUGAAGGUGCUGAGUUCAGGGAGAAAAAUCCCAAAGAACUCCUUGAGUUGAUUCCAAAGAUGCAGGUCCUGGCCCGAUCAUCACCACUUGAUAAGCAUACACUUGUGAAACACCUGCGUACCACAUUUAAUGAGGUUGUUGCUGUGACUGGUGAUGGUACAAAUGACGCACCGGCGCUACGUGAGGCAGAUAUUGGACUUGCCAUGGGAAUUGCAGGGACUGAGGUAGCAAAAGAGAGCGCUGAUGUUGUUAUUCUUGAUGAUAAUUUCUCCACUAUCGUAACAGUUGCCAAAUGGGGACGCUCCGUUUAUGUCAACAUUCAAAAGUUUGUGCAGUUCCAGCUGACUGUUAAUGUUGUCGCACUUCUGGUUAACUUCUCUUCAGCGUGCUUUACGGGAGAUGCUCCACUGACAGCUGUUCAACUUCUUUGGGUUAACAUGAUCAUGGAUACCCUAGGAGCGCUUGCACUUGCAACUGAACCACCUGAUGAUAACUUAAUGAAGAAGUCACCAGUUGGAAGGGCAGGGAAAUUCAUCACAAACGUGAUGUGGAGGAAUAUUGUGGGGCAGUCAAUAUUCCAGUUUGUGGUCAUUUGGUAUCUACAAACUCAAGGGAAGUACUUGUUUGGGCUUGAAGGCUCUGAAGCUGACACUGUUCUAAAUACAAUCAUAUUCAACACUUUCGUUUUCUGCCAGGUGUUCAAUGAGAUAAGCUCGAGGGACAUGGAGGAGAUCAAUGUUAUCAAGGGAUUGCCACAGAACUCCAUUUUCAUGUGCAUCCUUGCUGGCACCAUCACCGUCCAGUUCAUCCUUGUCCAGUUCCUGGGAGAUUUUGCCAACACCGCACCUCUCACCCAGCUCCAAUGGCUUGUCAGCAUUCUCUUUGGCCUCCUCGGGAUGCCCAUUGCUGCUGCCAUCAAACUGAUUCCUGUGGAACCUCAUGAAGACAACAGGCGAAUAUCAUAAUCAUGUAGAUUAAGAGCAAUAGCUCAGUUUUGCCAACUGCUAACUAUUGUAACCCUUACCUAAUGCACAAGAAUAGGACUAUAGGAGCAGAGCACCAAUUUGUGAAGAAACAGUUGGUUUGGCUGCAACACAAAAAACAGAAUGGCUUGGUUCUCGGUGGCAUACUAAAUUGUAUAUUGAAUUGUCCAGUUAUUUUUUUUCCUUACAAAUAGUGCCUUGUGGCUUGUAUACACUAGCAUCCAUUUGGUAUUAUGAAAUGCCAUCUGGUGGGUUACAAUAACGUGGAUUGGUACAUAAGUUAUACUUGCGUCAGUUGUAAGUAGACUGUAAAUUUGAAUGCAACAGCAGUUAUAUCUCUA